ACGUGCCGAGCGCAUGCGCGCGAUCGUCUAUUUCAGUGGGUUUACAGUUGUUAUAAAAUUAUAUUUAUAUGGCAGUGGUGAUAAAACCGUGUAGUGACUUCCAUUGUAACAGGAAUAGAGGCUGUUCGAGGUCCACGCAACAUGGCUGGACAGUGAAAUCAACAUGCGACUGCAUAAAAACUCAACUGAGCACAUUAGCCAUUUCGCUGACGCUAUUCAACUCGGUGCGUCUCCCGAGAGAGGCGUUCAGAUAUGGAGCUGUUCCGUACCUGGUGGUCUACUCGUUUUGGCUGCUCGCAGUCAGUAUGCCAACAACGCUGCUGCAAUUGGCUAUGGGACAGCUAAGUCAACAAGAUCCUGUCGGCGUAUGGAGAGCUGUUCCGAUAUUAAGAGGUAUUGGUCAUUUGAGGCUACUAACAUCAUACGUAUGUUGUGUAUUCAACAUGAUGUAUGUAGCCCUGUCAUUGGCCUUUUUACUAUGGAUAGGAAAAGGCACAUUCCCACUGAAAGACUGUACGAAACUGCACAUAACUCCGCACGGGUAUGAAAACAAAAUGAGUGCAGCUGAAUGUUUUAACUCAACAUUCUUAUCAUCAUUCACAGAUAACCCUCAGUACUUUGGUCUAAUGGCGGUUUUGAUAUUUAUUUUAUGGUUUUUCGUGCCAAUACUUUUAUACCGUCUACACAAAACGCUGAGAAUAUCACUGGCAGUCAUUGCUCCCAUUGUGAUCAUCAUGACAGUUGUUAUGUGUACAUUUCUAUCUAACACCGAGUCGUUAAGAACAAUGUUCGAGUCCUGCGAGGAAUGGAUGCCGAUAUCUCAACCAUAUAUCUGGCACAGUGCAUUGAUACAAGCUUUACUGUCCACUCAAAUUGUAGGUGGUUAUUUAAUUAGUGGAGGGGGAACUGUGUAUAAUUAUUCGGAUGUGAGAUGGGUGUCAACAUCAGUUAUAAUUACAAAUCUGAUAUCUGGCUGGCUGUGGGUUUUGGUGUGGGAGUCAAUUGGUGGUGAUAGCAAGAAGGAUACAAGUUUUAUAGCAAUUCUAGUCUUAAUAUACCAAUCUAAUGUAGCAGGAAGAAGGUCGAAAGUAUGGCCAAUGAUUGCCUUUGGGAUUGUUACUGUGUCUGGCAUAAUAACACUGCUGACUCUCCUGUUCCCAGUAUAUGAUAAACUACACCGUAUCGCUGGUGGUAACUGGAGACUUUUCGCGGCAGCAUCAUCGGCUGUUGGCACCAUACUGACCGUUGCCGUUCUAUCUAAAGGUCUCGAAGUGGCCACUAUUUUGGAUGACUUGGUGUUACCAAUAUUAGCAGUCUUCACUACUGCAGUUGAAGUUGUCGGUUUCGUCUUCAUCUAUGGAUGGUUCUAUCUAGCAGUGGAUAUAGAAUUUCUAACGGGGAAUAAAUUACCUUGCAUUUGGAUUGGAACAUGGUGGACAAGUCCAAUUCUUCUACUGGGUACGACAGGAUGGUGGCUCCGUGGUAUACUUAGAACUACAUGGAGUUAUACACAAACACUAUGGCCUUUGCUCGGAGUAUUCGUGGGGAUAUUAGUUAUCAUGAUUGUAAUGGCAGCCAUAGCUGUUGCUAAGGAGGAACAAUUUAAUUUUGUAACGAAACUAGCAUCGGCUUUCAGUCCAUCCCGGUUAUGGGGCCCCGAGGAGCCAAUGGCGAGAUACGUAUGGAUGUCACAGCGUUACUCUCAUGAAGUUACAAGCUCCGAUAACGAUAUCAACUCCGAACCAGUUAAUUACUCCCAAAUAAUAUUUAGUAAAGACAACGAAAAGAUAAACAACGAUAACUGGGCAAAAAGCAAUAGUAUAUACCAAAGAAAUUUCAAUAGUAUUUAUAACAAAAAUAUAUAUUUAAAUACAAAAGACGUAGAAUACAGUAAUCCAACUAUAUAUACUACUUAUUCUGUACCAAGAGGCAAGAAGAAGAAGAGAGAAGAAGAGAAAUUUCGAUCUCCAAAUGUUUGUAUAGCAAAAAAUGAAAUAGGUGGUCCGUUAAGUUGUAAUUGUAAUAGACAUUUUACGUUAAAUGUACCAGAUUUAAAAAAGAACGAAAUAACAACUAGUCUAUAAAAUUAAUGUCAUUAAUAAAUGUAAGGACAAUAACAAGAGAUCGUUUUGGUUGAACUCUGAAUAAAGAGUUUCAAAUUUCGCUCGGAGUUGCCGUGGCGAUGAAUAAUUUUCAACAAUUGGUGACAGUUGCCAGUGAUAUACUGAGUUUGUGCAGAAACACCAAGUUUUGUUGAUUGCGGUGUUAGUUUUAGGAGUUCAAACGUACAACGAUGGUCUUGCCUAGUCUAAUUUAUUGUUAUGUUAAUCUAGAAUUAUAAAUAAAUAUCAUACAAUUAACUAAUAAAUUAAUAAAGUAAUAAACUGCUUUUAAAUGAGUAAACAUGCAAAUCUUUUGAAUAAGUCCUGCUUUUUAAGUUUGAUUGAAUAACAUAUACCAACACCUUUACCAUUGUAAUAUGCCUUUUUCUGCAUUAUAUAGUAAAUACCUUAUGAGUUAAUCUAGAAUAGGUUUGUUUAUCUCUGUACCCAAUUUUGUUCAAAUCCGUCCAGCUAUUUAAAUUAUGCGUUCAGAAAACUAAACCACAUUUUAUUUAUUUAACUUUAUUGCACCUAAAUAGUGUAAAUGGCUUAAUACCAUAUUGAGUUUUUUAUCAGUUAAUUAUUAACAAAAUUAACAGAAAAUAUAAUUAACGAUGUAGCAUAUUCUUAUUCAAAAUACCUGAAAUAUUUAAUCAGUGCGUGUUGCUAAUGAGGACUUAUGGAACCGAACAUGGUCCUACACGGUUUUCUGUAUCCAAAAGUUUCAAGUUACUCAGCGAGCUAUGAAGAGGACUUUGCUCGAAGUUCUUUGCUAACCAACACCAAUGGGGAAGAAAGGUUCUUAAAGAACGACCUCAUAGGGGUAAACGCAAUGUAAGGCGACUUCUUAUUAGACGAAGUGAGAACCUCAAACACAUUUUAGGGUAUUAGUAGGUGCAGGUAGCUUAGUGACUGUUCUUUGUAUGGGAGUGGCCUAUGUUCAGCAGUGGACAGAUAAUGGCUGGUAUGAUAAUGAUGAUGAUUUUAGUAUUAAUGUAUAACAAACAUCUACACAAACUUUUUUAUUUAUAAUAUUACGAGGAGUUGUAUGAGGAAUAAUACAUUUGUAUUUUGAAAAGUUUGUAAAUCCAUUAAUCCUACUUUUUGUUCUACUCAUUCACUUACAAAAGUCUAGAAUUACAUCUAGUGUCCAUUUUCAUAAAUUUUCAUAGACCUAUUUACAAAGGUGCUUGGAUUCCUUAUUUUAUGCUCAGGCCUCGAGGAGCACGGAGUUCUAGCUUUAUUAUUUUCAUUAAGGACAAAGCGUAAAAUAAUGACCAACACGUGCCUUAUCCUAAUCAAGUAAUGUAAACUGUACUUAAGCGUUGACAGAGAAAAACUUGAAACAUCUUUGAGAGUCAAAAUAUACUAGCCAUCUUAUUUGGUAAACUUAA